AUGCAGUCAUGGGGACAUGCCCAGGCUACGCCCAUCCCUAUCAUCGCCAGCCAGAUGGAGAGCAUGCCUGUUAUCAACCGUUUACCCACCAAGAUGAGUCACAACACCAGCCUUGACGCUACGUCGACCUUCAAAGCGGACAGGACAUCGGGGGCUCCCCGGUCCUUUUGGUAUGGCAGUGGUAGCCGUCACCUGGACCCCUACCGCCCCUCUACGUAUGUCGCCUUCACAUUGUCGUACAGUCGUAGGCGCUGGUCGCAUUUGGAACAUCUCACAGUGGCUGGCAGACGCCCGAUACAGCACGGCCCCAAUUGGAAGAGCCUGUGCGUGCCUGCGUGCUUGCCGCUUACGACUGACUACUAUCCUAGUAACGAAGAG